AGCCGCCCGGCCCAACAUGUCCCGGCCGCCGCAGCGGCUGCAGCGCCCGCGGGGCUCGCCGUGCCCUCCCGCCGCCUCGCCCUCACGGAGCGCGGAGUGUGCAACCUGGGAAAUGUUAUUGCAAUUCCAUUAACUUCAGGAAGUGUAUUCUGGAUGAAUUGACCAGGCCUCCUAUUCUAUGAAAGCAUCUCUCCUGCUGGUGACCAGGUUUCGUAGCAAGAGCAGACAGAGCUCAGCCUUCCACCAUGCCUGUGCCUCCCCCUCCCGCUCCCCCUCCACCCCCAACACUGGCCUUGGCAAACACUGAAAAGCCAUCCCUAAGCAGGUCAGAACAAGCAGGACGAAAUGCUCUGUUAUCUGAUAUUACCAAAGGAAAAAAGCUCAAGAAGACUGUUACUAAUGACAGAAGUGCCCCAAUUCUAGACAAACCCAAAGGACCUGGUGGAGGUGGCAGCGGUGGCUUUGGAGGAGGUGGUGGCGGCAGUGGCGGGGGUUUUGGUGGUGGCAGCGGUGGCGGUUUUGGUGGUGGUGGACCACCUGGCCUUGGAGGCCUUUUUCAAGCAGGAAUGCCAAAGCUCAGAUCUGCUGCAAGUCGAGAUGCUGACCCCGGGGGAGGCCGCCCGCCCGCCCUGCCUCCCGGAGGCCGCUCCGCCGCCGCCGCCAAGCCGUUCUCGCCGCCGAGCGGCCCGCCGCGCUUCCCGGGGCCGCCGUCGGGGCCAAGGACCGCCGCCCCCGACCCGCAGAGGAGCCGCCUGCCGCCGCCCAGACCCGACGCCGGCUCCAAGCCCGAGGCGGCGCCGCCGCCGGUGCCCAGCACGCCCCGGCCCAUCGCCUCCAGCCUGCACAACCGGGGGUCGCCGCCGGUGCCGGGCGUGACCCGGCAGCCCAGCCUGGGGCCCUCGCCCCCGCCGUUCCCGGGCAGCCGGGGCGCGGGGUCGGCCGGGCCGCUCCGGCACCCGGACCCGGGGCGACGCCCCCUUCCGGGCCGGCCGCCGCUGCCGCCCACCCCGGGCCGGCCGGCGGAGGACAAGCCGCCGCCGCCGCCCCCCGCCGGGCACCGGCCGACCGCCGUCCGGGAGGGGCCGCUGCCCCCGCCGCCGCCACAGAACAGCAAGCCGCCCGUGCCUGGCCCCCGGCCCGCCCUCGGCGCCCCUGCGCCCCCGCCGCCGCCCCGCCGGCCGGGGCCGCCCCCCGUCCCGCCCGCCCCCUCCGGCGGCGACGAGAUGCCGCGGCUGCCGCAGAGGAACAUCUCGCUGGGGUCGUGCCCGGCGCCCGGCGGGGGCCGCUCCGGACCGCUGCCCCCGCCGCCCAGCGAGAGGCCACCGCCGCCCGUCAGGGACCCGCCCGGCCGCUCAGGCCCCCUCCCACCACCUCCUCCCAUAAGCAGGAAUGGAAGCACUUCAAGGGCUUUGCCUGCUGCUCCCCAGCUGCCUUCCCGGGCAGGGCUGGACAGCCCGAGAGGUGGGCCCCGACCUCCGCUUCCCCCCGACCGGCCGGGCUCGGCAGCACCGCCACCUCCACCUUCAUCAGCUGUCAGAAAUGGCUUCCAGGAUCCAGGUGAUGAUGAAUGGGAAAGCAGAUUUUCUUUUCAUCCUCUAUCCGAUUUGCCACCUCCAGAGCCAUAUGUACCCAUGAACAGAAGUUAUCCCAGUAAACUAGCAAGAAAUGAAAGUAGAGGUGGCUCUGUCCGAAAAGAAAGAGGUGCACCCCCGCUCCCACCUAUACCAAGGUGAAAUGGGUUCUGGCCCAUCUUUGGGCAACAUCUGUUUUCAAGUUUCCUUCAAGUCAGCUCUCCUGUCCACAUCAUUGGAAAGUUGCCUGUCUUGAUUUAUUUCCACUUUUGGCUUGUCAGCUGGAACAAACUUCAGCCUCUAUUACAGAAGUAAUAGAUGCGGCUUAGGAACUAUAGUUGCUCAAAGCUAUGAAUUUUAUUUGCUUAUACUGCAGGCGUUUUGUGGACCAUACACAACAUACGUGCACCAUGCUCACUGUGUCCAACCCUGGCCCCUGGAGAGCUCCAUGGGAGGUCUGGCUUUGAAUUUGAUAGAGCUUAAACAAAGCUGUUUCAUUUACUUUGGGUACAGUGGCUGUAUUAUUUGAAUCAUAAAGUAUUUUAUGUUUAGAAAAACAGUUGCUGGGGAAAAACGUGUAACCAAGAGUCCCUUGGAUCCUUCUUUGCAUGCCUAACUUGGCCCAUCUGCUUCUGCAGGCCAUAGACCUACUACAUGGUGACCAAGAGUUCAUCCUUAACUUUUUCACUUCAGCUUAGCCAAGGAAAUCUUAAACAAUAUGAAGCACAUCUUGCCUCAAGAAUGAAGUGUAUCUGGCCUUGUUUUCAUCUGUAGAGAAUCUUCCAAAGAAAAACACAAGUGAAGAAUUCAUCAGCAUAAAAUAUAUAUAUCUAAUGGGGUUUUUUUAAUCCCUCUUUCCUAGUUUUUCAAUAGUGUUAUGCUUCCAGUGGCCGAAUUCUUUCCUACUCUGAUGUGGACCAAACCAGAGCCAUCCGUGCCCUGGAUUACUGUAAUACCCUCUGCCUGAUGCUGCAUGCAAAGAGUCCUCAGAAAGUAGUCCUCCUUCAUCCAGCAUCACUAACACCAGCACCCCACAGACUGCUUUCCAGUUGUUUCUUUGGUACAAUUAAAUGGUGGGUUUUGACUUAAGAAGCUUCCUGGGGCUUAGGUCACAAGUCUCAGAGAGGUUGUGUUUGGCUUGCAUUACGGCAGAGCAGCUGAGGUCAAAAAUGUGAAAGCCCUUUGGUGUAGUGAAGGGAACCUGGGGUUUGUGCAUUCAAGUGGAAGCAUCCAAAAUUUGCUGUCUCCACCGGUUCAAGAGAAAUGGGAAGAUAUGGUCUUCUGAGUUUGCCAUGAAGCCUGUACUUUUAAACUUUGUUGAGAGGAUUCUCCACAGAAAGCUGCAAUGCUUACAUUAAUAGAAGAGAGAGCGAAGUAUUCUAACAUUGUGACAAGUGGUUAAUAUGUUUAAUGGCUUUUGUAUUUUGUAUAUGAGGAAGAGUUCAUUGUACGACUGAAUUUUACAAGUGGAUCUAAACACAUAUAAAAUGCCUUUGGAAAUUAGGGGAAGAUUAUAAUUCUGGAUUUGAAAUAUUGCUGAAUGACAUAUUGCUCUUUGUUAAUUGGACCUCCAAAGGUUAGCUCUGAAAAAUUUCUCCUAAGCCUCAGUAUGCUUCUUCAAAGUGCUCCUUGGGAUCUCUACCAAGCCUGUGUCAGCAGCCAUGCUUCCCUGGGUGUUGCUCAAGAAAACCCAAAACCCAUAAAAACUAGUCAUGCAGGUUAAGAAAAUGUUUCUCUGGCAUGGGAGAUGUGAUCCUAAGUACAUUCUGCAGCUAGAAUGAGGUCAGUCCUUGAAAACCUAGAGAAUUUAGCCAGAGAGUCUGGACCCCACUGCAUUGUCUAUGCAUAGGGCUUUUUGCUCUGUUUGUGAGCGUGGAGGGGCAGAUCCCCUUUCUGCCUGACAGCCUGGCCAGACACAUUGAAGGGCAUGAGGCAGAGUUGGAUUUGGCCAGAUCAAAUUUAAUUUGUUCUUUCCAGUGUUUGUUUACAAAAUCUUGUUAGCUGUGAUAGAUUAUGUACCUGUUUUUUACAUUUUUAUAUCUAAUGACCUAUUUUAAGUUACUGUUUAUGGUCCUGAACCUGCAAUUAAAUGCGCAGGCGCAGGGAUGUAUCUACAUCUAAUUGCAGGAUCGUGGCUGUAAGAGUUUCUCAAACAGAUACUGGUGGGACCUCCAUGUGACAGGUGCACCUUGGGAUCAAACCUAGCGCAAUAUUGAAUUUGUAUAUGUAUUUUAUGAAUGUCCCUUAAACAAAGUGCCUGUUUCUUUGGGAUAUUAUUAUGUGAAUAGAAGUCCAAAUAAGAUUUUUAGGAUAAUAACUUAAAAGAUAAAUUAUUGUAUUCACAUUUUUAAACUGAAGCACUUAAAACUUUCUAAGGGAUAACAUUUUGAAUUUAAGAAUACAGUAUUUUUAAUAUCUUGACCUGCCAAAUCUUUAUUAAUACCCAAAUAGCUAUGCAGCCAAAAAAACCCCUCAACCCUCCAGAAACUGUACCUUUUUUGAAACUUAUCUGCUUCCAACAUGACUGUUUUAUUUUGAUAAGUCAAUGAAAAUGCUGCCCAUUGUUCUGCCAACUCUCUGUAUCAUUCAAAUAUAUUAUAUUUGAUCUUUCAGCAAGGUUUUCUGACCAGAAACCUGGACCACUACCAAAGGCUUGGAAAACCAACUUCAGUUUCACUUUAAAAUGUGUAUGUAAAAGGCCCUCAGUUAACAAGCCAAGAAACCUGAGCUGCCUAGGUUUUAGCGAUUCUUUUUACUCUAGAAAUCUCUUCAGAAUGAAUGUCUGGCAUACAUGUAAAAUAGCUUAACACUGCAGAAAGAGGCAUUUCUGUUCGCCUAACAACAACUUUUCUAUUUAUAUCUUAUGCUAUAGAUGUCCCUAGAUAUAUUCCAGAACAAUGCAGCAUUUUAUCAUUCAAUAUAUUGCUUCAUAUAUCAGUAGCUAUUUACGAUAUGAUCGGUAUUAAAAUAUUUAUUUCACUAUGAAGUGUUAAAAAAGAAUAAUACGAAACAGAUUGAAUCAAUGGUGCCUUACGACUUUUUUAGUCAACUUUUCUGUGUCUCACUAGAAAAAUGAACAGACGUUGCUCUUCCAAGUCCUGACAGAAAUGGUGCCAACAGUAGCGUUCUACAGUGUUUGAGCCAAGCACUGCUGUUACAUGCCCAGUCGUCUCACUUCAGGUGGAGCUCAGUGUGUAGGUGAGGUCUAUGUGGGCACUGAUUAGCUUCACAAUCAGUUGUUGGUAUUGCUCUGAAAGUUUAACUCUUUCGCAAAACCAGUGUCUGAGGCUGCUGUCCACACAGCCCAGCUGACUUCAGUGUGGUUGCAUAGGUUGUUACAGGACUAAAUUUAAUUCACUGCUUGCAUGUAAGAUUUGCUGGGUUUGUUUCAAUGGCACUGCAUUAUAAACCUUCACACCUCAAACUAUCCUGUUACAUUAUCACUAAGACUCAUAUUGUGUUACAAUGGCCACAGAUGUUCAUUUUUGUUUAAUUCAACUCAGUAAAUAAAAUGAGAAUAACUUUUAUACCAUGUGAAAAUGAUUUCUCCUCUAUAUUUUUGGAAGAAAAGCAUGUUAUGUUUCUGCACCAACCAGUGGGAGAAGAGGUCACAGUGAUUAAUAUUCAAGUUGUUAAAGGAAAUGAAGCUUGUGAUUCAGGAAGCAUAUAUUUCUGUAAAUGAAAAAAAUAAGGUCGGAAAGUUCUUGUUUAGAAGCCAGCAUUUCCCAACACUAAAAGAAUCAUAAGAAUUAUUUUUUUUUUCUGCAAGACUGAAUUGUUAAAGAAGUUCCUUAAAUUGCCACUUAAAAAACUGGACAGUAGUUACUCCUUCCAGCAACAACUGUUUACAUGACUCUUAUAGAAGUAGAUCUGCCUUGGAACAGAGAAUGAAGGAACUAAACUGCUAUCAUGCUUUACAUAUAUUGUAACAACAAUUUUCUGUGCAGAUGUAUGGAAAUAGAAAGGGUACUUUUUGCCUUGGAAGCAAAGAAUGAAAUUGAAUGAUCAAACUGAGAUUAUUUGAAGCAGAAUGUCAAAUGUUGAGAGACCUAGAGAGGGCCCCUCAGACACAGGAGGCUGGAAAAGAGAAGAUUGGUCUGAGAAAUUAAAAACAAUUGGCUGAAUGUUGUUACCAAUUCUAGAGUAAAAAUUACAGUGUAAAAUGUGCAUGUAUGUAGUACCACAUCACGAUAGUGUGAAUACCCUGUCUCACAGCCAGGUGCAAACAACUUAUUAUGGCGGUACAUUAACUCUGUGUAACAUAUAUUGUAUGAACUUUAAUCUUUCAAACAGUAUUCCCCAGAAAAUAAGGAGAAUCUCUCACCUAAGGUAUCCAGAAGCACAUUAAGUUAAGUUCAUGGAAUGCUUCUUCGUGUACAUCGGGAGAAAACAGGGAUCUUGUAGCCUGUAAGAUGGAUGUGACUGGACCAUUCAGUUAAAAUGUAAACCUGGAGCAUUGGCAAAAAGGGGAGUGUUGGAGUAACUCAGCCAGAAGCAGGGCACAUGUAUAUGGUCUCAGUGAGUGAGUAUGCAGCAGGUAGGUAUGCAGACUAAAAGAGAAAAAUGGAAACCGCAUGUCUUACGAAAGGGAGUAGCCCUUCAGUAUGCUGCCAUUUUGAAAUACAGUUUGUCUGUGAUAAAUGUUCUUUAGUGUAAACUAAUGCAUGCAGAGGAAGACAUAUAAAUUUGGACUUCCAAAGCCACACAAGAGAGAGAAAUGUAAAACAUAGGCUGAGCAGAAAGUAACAUGUUUUUAUCAGAUGCUUAAAGUUUGAGCUUUUUAUAAAAUAUUAGUCUAGUUCUGUGAAUUUUUUUUGCUUAACAUUUAUUUUGUAAGUGAUUUUGUUCUCCCUAUUUUUCUGUUCUAUACCAAAUAAAUUUUACUUUUAUUAUAAUUGGUGGUGCAGACUGUUACAUUGAGAAUAACCACAGUUGCUUCUUUGACAAAAGCACACAUUGGCUUUAACAGGACCAUAGCAGUGAGCCUUUCAGGAGCUGGUUGAGCUGUUCUCCUCCCCUCCUGCCUGCCAUUGCACAGCAGCACAGCCAUAAUGCUCAGAGGACUUUGGUCCUACAUACAAUGAAGAUUAGACACCUGCAGAUAAGGAGAAAUAAUGAGUUUACUUUAGGAUAAAGAAUGAUUGAAAAUCAGUGGUCAGUGAUGCUGUACUUGUAGGUGGCUGUUGGGUGAGCUGUGGGCAUUGGCUCUUGGCCAGGCAAGCUAGGCAGUUGCCAUGGGAAGAAGACAUGGAAAAUCACUCUAGUUAAUGUAGAUUUUUGUUCAUCGUGUCUCCAUUCACUGGGCAGAAAGCUGCCAGAGAAUGUCAAACAAAUAGAACCCUCCUUUAGACUGUGGAGA